GCGAAGCCGCACGAAUAGAAUGUCAAAAAUCCAAAAUUCUCCCAACACGUCCAGUUCCCUCCUCGCCUCCCCGAUGGCGUCCGCCGCCGCGUACGUGGGCGCGGGAGUAGGGGUAGCCCUCACGGGGAUGCACGACCUGCGCCUGCGCCCGCGCCUCCUCCGUGCGCUGCUGGACGACUGCCUCCCACUCCCGGUCCCGGGCCGGGGCCCGCCGCGGCGCCCCGCCGACCUGGCCUACGCGGCCGACGCCAUCCGCGCGCACGACCUCCUCGCCGAGCACAGCGCGGGCCCCGCGGACCCGGGGGUCCUUGAGGAGUGGGGCGCCGCCGUCGACGCGUGGGUCGACCGCGUCCUCGAGCUCAUCGACAGCGGCAAGGAAUACAGUUGUUGGGGUGGCACUUCUUUUCUUGGUUUGACAAUCCAAGAGUGCUGUGACAGGCGCUUUGUAAAAUCAUACUCAGACUGGUUUGAGAAGGUUUUAAAAAAUAUGAAGGAACCAUCUUGCAACAAAAUGGUAAACAUGUUCACAUGUACUACUAUGUCUGAUUUAUUUCUCAGAUUGGCUACUUUCCCAAAUUUAAAGGAUGAGGCAAUUUCUUCUGCCCAGAAAGUUGUGAAUCCAUUGCUUCGGCUGUUGGAUGAGGAUGAUCCUGUUGCAGAGAAAGCAGUUGAUUUACUGGGUUUACUUAUUAAACUAUUCCCCUCAUCUGUAUAUCGGCACUUCAAUAAAAUGAAGCGGACGUGUGAUUUGAAGCUAGGACAUGGAGCUCGAUACCAUAUUGAGUCUUCCAUUACAACAAAGAUUGUGAGUGGUCAAUGCCAUCUUCAACACUUAAAGAAACUUGCCAGCACUUUAGCACUGUUACCUAGUGUCAGAGUUUCUCAGAAUACUACAUCGCUGAUAAUUCAAAAGUUAUUGAUUGUGGUAAACAAUAUGUUGAAUGAGACUUUUGUUGGACUGGAAGAAGAACAUACUGAUCAUGAGCUAAAGAUGCUGCUAACUCCACCUGGAAGUAAAUUAGUACCUCCAUUGGGAGGACAGACAACCUGUGGAGAUAAACACAUUUAUUCAACAAAGAAAUUUCAUUCAUAUGCAGCAACUACAAUUUCGGCUCUUGUACAUUGCUGCUCUGUGAUGCUAACUAGUUCUUAUCCAGUUCAGGUGAUCAAUAUUCCAGUUCGCGCGUUGGUAACUUUAACACGAAAAGUUUUGUUGAUUGAUGGAUCUUUCCUGUUGCAAUCAAAUACUACCUUGUGUCAAGAGCUUAUUUGUUCUGAAAUUCCAACAUUACAUUCAACAUUUUUGGAUUUGCUUGCUUCCACUAUUAAAGGAAUGCGCAGCUCACUCACACCAUAUGCUGGUAUUAUCGUAAUGCUCAUAGCUGAGUACUUCAAAAAAGCAAAACUGCCGCCAUUAAGAAGAAAACUCUACACCGUUGUGCGGUUAUUGCUGAGUUCCAUGGGUGUUGGUAUGGCUGUGCAAUUAUUUCAGGUGGUAGUAAGCAAUAUUUUUGCUGAUCUGGAUGAUAAUGCUGGAAAUAGCUUAUUCUCAUUAAGAACAUAUCCAAUAGAAGCAAAAAUUUGGUCAUCAUCAAAUAGUUGCUAUAAUAGGAGGCAGACGCAGCAACAGCAAAGCUCAAAUGCUGUGAGUCCUAAACCUACAUAUAAUAGACAAACGUUGACUCCAGUAUGUGUCAAAAUUGCUGCACUGAGAACGCUGGAAUUGAUUCUGAAUUUGGGGGGUUUAUUUAGGGGCUCUUGGAGAUCGGAAAUGGACCAGCUUCUUAUUGAUGUGGCUACAAAAGCCUGUUACAAAGCAGUGAUUUAUGAACAAAGUUCACCCUGGAUUGAAGAUCCAAGUAUAUCAGACUUCCAGUUAGCUUCAUUUAGAGCACUUUUGGCAUCUUUUCUUUCCAAUCAUCAUGAACGCCCUCUUUAUUUUGAAGGACUUGAACUCUUCAGUAGAGGGAAGCUGGAGACUGGCACUGAGCUGGCAAAAUUUUGUUCACAUGCUUUGCUAGCUUUGGAUGUCCGUGUACACCCUCGACAACUCCAUCCACAGUAUAUUUCAAAAGGAGUGGCUCGUGAUGACCUUGGAUUCGCAUCACAACCUUCAUGUUCUGUACACAAGCGUCAAGCCACCAAUGAUUUGGAAGAUGAAUGCAUAUACCAUCAAGUAUCUAUUGCUAUACAGCCAGUAGAUCCUUUGACGAAAGGCAGUGCUGUAGAGAAUUGUACACCGGUUGAGUUGUCCGGAGAUCUUUCAUUGCAAAAUGAUGCUCAGCAGCCACAUGCAUGCACUGUAAAACAUCCUCCUGAAAUCACUGAAUAUUUUCUUACCGAGGAAGUGCAAGCUGUUAAAAUGACAGAUGGAUCAUAUGGUAAUCCUUCUGAUUUUGACGCAUUGAGUAAUUCCAUUCCACCUGACUCUUUCAGCAUUGCUCCACCAGAUUCUCAUUACCUUUGGAAUGAAACUUCAACCAGGAAGUGUGGAUAUCAAGGUGGGAUUCUAUCAGGUGAUGCUUCAAGCAGGCAGAAUGUGCCAAAACAAACCUCAGGAACCUUCGCUUACAGUGACUCUGGGUGGUUCCGAAUGGGACUCUCUUGACCCAUUGCUGGAUAUCGGUGAUGCUAAUGCUGAUCCUAAAUUUUUUCCCCGACAUGGUUGAUGUUGACCCUAGUUCUGAUUAGAAGGUCGGUGUGUGUAAAGCUUUUGCUGGUGGUUUGAGUUACAUGAGGAAAUUUCCAUGGAUUUGGAAUACAAUAAUGGGGUGUGUCUUCGCAUUUGGAAUUCAUAAAGUUUCAUCUAUGAUUGUGUUGCACAAAUUUGAUGAGAAGAAAUACAAAAGAAAAAAAUGACAAGAAGACCGUUGGUAUUCUGCGUGAACAUGGGAUUCACGGACGUCAGUGCCCAGCAACUUUGUAUUAGUGAGCAGGAUGACGAAUGCUCAUUCAUCAGGACAAACUGCUCUGCCUUCCUUGUAUUUUGUCAUAAUUUAUUUGCAUAGAGUCUUCAGUGAAAAUAAGGAAUGGUUCCAUAAUUGGAUAUCA